AUGGAGAAUCAACCCACCCACCUCCCACCAGAAAAAAAGCUCCCAUCACGCCCUCAGUCCGUAUCACCCACACCACAAAAUUAUUCGGUACCAAAGAAGAAUCCUCCACUGUGCCCAUCAAAGAAACCAACCAAACUCCCACUCCCAAGAGUACCCACUGAACCAUUACAACAAACAAAACAAGAAAUUUACAAAAAACCUAUUCCACCAAUACCACAAAGGUCAAGUUCAAAAGAACUUCAUUCAGAUAAGGAAGAACCAAACUUGUUGGCUUUAGAACCAAAAUAUGGAAGACUGUCUGUUGGCGCCAGAACUCCUUUAAGACCACCACCGUCACCACCACUCACUAAACCACCACAACCCCCACAAACACAGAAUAACAAAAAUACAAAUAUCGACUCUAAUAAUGUUCGAAGCACUCCUUCUAUUCAUAUCAAUACAAACGAAGAAAGGGUUCAGAAAAUUUUGCCUCGACUUUCGUUUGUGAGGACCAGAAAAACAUCUUUGACUCCUCGAGAUCUUUCCACAAGAGACCAAACAGUCAAGAGUUGCUCGGAAGUGUGUGUUGAGAAGUUCAAUCCUGACGAGAGAAGUCGGACGGAUAUAGAAGAUAGGGUUCCACAAAUAUUGUCGCCACAGUUUGGGGAAGAGGUCCGUCGCGAACCGUUUAGAUACUCAAAGAAGUAUUUGAAUAAAUUGCGGGACUAUUUCACAGACGAAGACCUUGAAGAUAAAGUCGCUUUUGUCCCCAAAUUGGGGAAGACCAAAAUCUUUGGUACCCCCAAAGUGAUGAGAGUUGCUGAGCUCAUGUUCACUGAAUUUACCUUCUGCGCUAAACUUGAAAUUUUCCAAAUCUUUGAAGAAGAAAUAAGACGAGAAAUACCACUCCUCCAACACCAAGACUUUAUUUUAUUUAAUCCACUGGACAAUUUGGUCGAAACGAUAACAUCACUAUGCGAUGGUCUCGACCCACUCUAUGACACUUUACUUAAAUCCACUCCUGAAACUGAAGAACUUGUCAUUUUCGGGGUGUAUCAAGUCUAUUCGAACUUUUUGACAGACACAAGUCACAAAGGAACUUUAGAGGACGUUUACAGUAAAUUCAUUGCACAUUACACAACACUUAGUCCAUUCAUUGACAAGCUGUUUGAAGACACUUCGAAACUCAAGAAAUUGGUCAAUGAAUUACUCGAGAAUUGCAUUGAUAAAAACAUCAAAGAAUUUAAAGAUCUGUUUUACUGUGCUAUGCAGCGAGUUUGCCGCUUUGAGUUAAUUACAGACAGUGUGAUUAAAGAGUUCAAAACUUCUUCUCAAGUUCUCGACGAAGUUCAACAAGCAAAAACACUCUUUAAAGAGACAAACAAAAAGAUCAAUACUUACAUUUCACAAUCAAAACUGUUUUACACAAAGAAGUUUGAGUGUCUAACUUCCGUUUAUGGUUCUAACGGUUCCAUCCGUUCUGCCUCUAUCGUCAAUUCGGCCUUUUCAAAAGACAAUUCGUUGUUAGACUAUUUCACUGGAGUCAAAGCGACUGUUCUUGGAUUCAACGAGGUUGAGUUGUUCCUGUUCAACGAGGGGAUAUUAAAGCAAGAAAAUGGGGUCUUUGCCUUUUAUCCCAUAUGCACUGUUCUUUCUGGGGAGAUGCAAGAACAUGGCGAUCCGUCCAAAACCGAGCUCACAGACACAGAUGUUGUUUUCUAUGAUGUCAACAAAAACAAGUUACAAGUCAUCAACUUAGGGUCAAAAGACCUUACAGACAAAUUCAAUUCGGAGCUCAAAAUAGCAUUCGAGCAGUUCAUGGAAGUGGUUCAAAACAAUACAAACAAGGUGUAA